AUGGAAUUUGUGUACUUCCGGCAUCUCUUUGUGUCUGUGCAGCAAAAUUCCUCUUGCGGUUGGUCAUUACAGACUCAAGAAAAAGAACCCUUCAACUUGCAGGAGAUGGUAGCCACCGGAACUGGUGUAUAUCUUGGGGCUUUUUCUUUCAGUGGAUUGGUAUUAGUGCAAGGACCUACUGAUGCUUUGUUUGUCGCUAAUCCAGUGUUACAAGAUUGGAUGAUAAUCCCUCCACGUCCAUAUCUACAUCCAUGUAUUCUGUUUGGUCUGGUGACCCCCACAGACAAGGACGGCAUUGUUCUCGGCUUCAAAGUGGUUUACUUGGCUACAGUGGAACCCUGGAGAGACAAAUCGUCCACUUUUUUGUUUCUGUGUAUCUAUUCUUCUGAGACAGGAAUUAUCAAGCGACUUCGCUGUCCUCUUUACUUAGCCAUCCCCCGUCGUCCUAUAAGUUUGAAUGGCAUGCUUUAUUUUUCUCUAACAAGUUUUAGUCAUCGUGAUGGUGAUUCGGUAACAAUUUUCGCUCAUGAUUUCUAUGGUGAAACAGGACUAUGUCGGACUAUACUUCUCCCAAUCAUAAUCCUGGGGACCUCGAAAGAGCCUUGA